AUUGCCAAAGAAUAGAAUUAUGAUUCAUGGGAAUCCAAGGAAUGCCAGGCAGGGAGUCCCGAUAAGCUGUCAGGAGGCCUGUCCCAUUCGGCUUAUAAGAUGCUGGGAUCUUCCUCUGGAAUCAUCUUGAUAGAUCAUGAUACUUGCUUUUACUUCAUACAACAUUAUACCCACUGAUAGAAAGCCUUCUUCACUGCAUUCAUCACAGAGACCAUCAUGGCUCCCAGCGCAAUCUCCGCUCCCUCCUCCCCCCAGCAGCUCCCUUCCGACGUCUCCAGCUACAAGGGCUACGACCACGUCCACUGGUACGUUGGCAAUGCCAAACAAGCCGCCUCAUAUUAUGUCACCCGCAUGGGCUUCAAACGUAUCGCCUAUAAGGGUCUGGAGACCGGCAGUCGCGCUACCUGCUCUCACGUCGUCCGCAACGGCGACAUCACCUUCAUCCUGACCUCUCCGCUCCGCUCCCUAGACCAAGCAGACCGCUUCACCCCCGAGGAGCAAGAAUCUCUCCGCGAGAUACACUCGCACCUAGAACAGCACGGUGACGGCGUCAAGGAUGUCUCUUUCGAAGUCGACUCCGUCGACGCCGUAUAUCAAGCGGCCGUGGCCAACGGCGCCAAGGUAGUAUCUGCGCCGCGGAACCUCGAAGAUAAGGACGGGUAUGUGCGUGUCGCUACGAUCCAGACGUACGGAGAAACGACACACACCCUCCUGGAACGGAAGUCAUAUCAGGGGGUGUUUUUGCCCGGGUAUCGAUAUGAGAGUGGGGAGGAGGAUCCCAUUACGGCUUUCUUGCCUGGGGUCCAUCUCAACCGGAUUGAUCAUUGUGUGGGGAAUCAGGACUGGGAUGAGAUGGAUAAGAUCUGCCAAUAUUACGAGAAAGCUCUCGGAUUCCACCGCUUCUGGUCCGUCGACGAUAAGCAGAUCUGCACCGAAUACUCCGCUCUAAAAUCCAUCGUGAUGGCCUCUCCCAACGAGAUCGUCAAAAUGCCCAUCAACGAGCCCGCGCACGGCAAGAAAAAGUCCCAGAUUGAAGAAUACGUCGACUUCUACAACGGCGCCGGUGUGCAGCACAUCGCCCUCCUCACCGACGACAUCAUCCGGGAUAUCACCAACCUCAAGGCGCGCGGUGUCGAGUUCAUCAAAGUCCCUGAUACGUAUUACGAGGAUGUCAAGAUCCGACUCAAGAAGACGGGUCUGGUUCUGCAGGAGGACUUUGAGACGAUUCGGAGUCUGGAUAUUUUGAUUGAUUUUGAUGAGGGGGGCUACCUCCUGCAGUUGUUUACUAAGCAUCUCAUGGACCGUCCUACCGUCUUCAUUGAAAUCAUCCAGCGUCACAACUUUGAAGGCUUCGGUGCUGGAAACUUCCGAUCACUGUUCGAGGCGCUGGAGAGGGAGCAGGCGCUGCGUGGGAACCUGGUGUAAUAUCUAAUGGCAAGGCAAUUCUUCUCGUUUCAAGGGACGGUGUACGGCCUGGUUGCCACGUACAUGAUUGUCUUUCGUUCUGGAUCUGAUUGUUAGCAGUUAUUCCCAUGAUGAGAUAAUGGCAGAUACGUUCUCUUGCUUGUGUUGGUUUCACGUAAUGCUUGCUUGAUAUUCAUGGUAGUAUGUUGUAUGUUAAUCACUACAUUGCCACCCCAAGCACCAGUCUCGCGCUACAUUUGUAACUAUCCAUUACUAUCUACGAGUAUAAUGAACUUGCACCAAUAACAGCUUCAAGA